GAGGCAAUAAAUGACCAAGAAGAAUUAAAAAAAUAUGAUGCUAAAACCAAGAAAUAUCAACAUUUCACUGGCUUGCUCAACAAACCUGAGGAGAAAAAUAUUGAGGAAAUUGAGGAAGAUGUUUUAGAUCAAAUUGAGAGAAAAAAAGGACUCAAAGAGGACAAGAAGCUUCCUCGCAUCUGA